GCAGUGCGCGGCCCCCAGGGCGGGUCGGUGGCUGUGCAGUGCCGGUACCGGACGGGCUAUGAGCGUUAUCACAAGUUCUGGUGCCGGGAAGGAGCUUUGGAAGGAGGAGGUUUGUUCUGUUCCAACGGUCACAUCGUUGAGACCGAUGGGUCGGAGGCGGAGGUGACGCGGGACAGAGUCUCCAUCCGAGACAAUCACACCCAGCGCGUGUUCACUGUGACCCUGGAGCACCUGACACGGGCAGACGCCGGCACGUACCACUGCGGGGUAGAGAGAACUGGGCUUGAUCUCAGGGACACUGUGGAAGUCACCGUCUCCCCAGCUAAUUCUUCCCCAACCCCAACAAAAAGGUCAUCAUCAGCGACAGUGCAACCAGCUUCUUCUUCCCCCUCAAUAUCUACUUCCCUCUGGACAACUGCUGAGAAAGGGAAAUCCAGCUUCUCCACUAACCAGGACACCACUGCCUCUGAAUCCCAGCUCAGCAACGUCCAUUUCCUGCUCCUGUUUAUCUGGAAAGUCCCCAUCUUUCUGUGUAUCAUCUGGGUGAACAUACGGUACAGGAAGAACUCCAGGGAGAUGCCAGACAGACAUGCUCCUUCCUAGUUUAGGAAUGGCUCGGAACCAGCAGAAGAAAGAUUGAGCUCCCAGCUCUGCACAGCAGCUACUCCCACCUAGAGCCCACAUAGAUCUGUGUAAAUGAAAUCCUGUAACAGUCAGCCCGGCUGAAGGGUUCAGUGGAUCCAGCGCUUACUCCAGAGUGAGGAGAAAGGAGGGGAUGAGCCCUAAGGGGCACAGUUCCCCAUCACAAAUGUAGCAGAAACAUAAGGUGUCAGAGCCUGAGAGCUGGAAGGAGAGACUUGUCACCUUUCCGCAGUUCAAUUUGGGCUCUUAGCAGCUGGAUUGCACUUUCUACAGCUCCUUUUCCAUCAUUCGUCUUCACCCCUCCGGUCUCUUCUACAGCAAGCUCCUGGGAAUGACCCAAUCAUCAUCUGGACUCUCAGACAUGCACGCAGAGAGGUUAGCCUCAGAUUGUAUCUCAAAAGUGGUCAUCUCACUUACUGCUAACCUGUAACACACGGCACCAAUGAAAUGUGUUUUGCAAUAAAACUUUUUCCUCGUGUUCUGCAGAGCGGCUCUCCUGGAGACAUCUGUCUGGCUCUCUGCCCCUCUGGCAGGCAGGUAUCUGAAUCCUUAGCACUUA